UUUGCGCCCAAAAAAAAAUGAAGAACGUAAGCGCCUUUUUGCGGGGUAGCUAGACAGCUAGUAGCACGAGGAGCCGAACGCCAUUCCAUUUCCAGAUUUUUCCUCUUACAAAUCCGAUCACGCCAUCGUUCUCGUCGCCCUCUUUUGUGUUGAUUUUAUCGCUCUUGAUCUCUCUCAGGCAGUCAACAUUGCUGUGUUCUUCGGGGUAGAAAAAGAUGCUUAUGAUUCGUUCUCUUCGCACCCAGCUGGGGCCUUGGGCUUCUCGCGCCUCCUUCUCCACCUCCGCCGCCGCUGUUGAAGCGGAGAGGACGAUCCGUGACGGUUACCGGAACGAUUGGAGCAAGGAGGAGAUUAAAUCGAUCUACGAUUCACCCAUCCUUGAUCUCGUUUUCCAUGGUGCUCAAGUCCAUAGGCAUGUUCACAAGUUUCGGGAAGUUCAACAAUGCACACUUCUAUCUAUUAAAACAGGUGGUUGUAGUGAAGAUUGCUCUUACUGCCCACAAUCCUCCAGGUAUGACACUGGACUAAAAGCCCAGAGGCUAAUGAACAAAGGUGCUGUAGUGGCGGCAGCAAAGAAGGCCAAGGAGGCUGGAAGCACACGUUUCUGCAUGGGAGCUGCUUGGAGAGAUACAGUUGGAAGGAAAACUAAUUUCAGUCAGAUACUGGAUUAUGUUAAAGAAAUAAGGGACAUGGGAAUGGAAGUUUGUUGCACACUGGGUAUGCUUGAGAAGCAGCAAGCGUUAGAGCUUAAGAAGGCUGGCCUUACUGCAUAUAAUCAUAAUCUUGAUACUUCAAGAGAGCACUAUCCAAAUAUAAUAACCACCAGAACAUAUGAUGAAAGGUUGGAAACGCUUCAAUAUGUCCGUGAGGCAGGAAUUAGUGUCUGCUCAGGAGGAAUUAUUGGUCUCGGUGAAGCGGAAGAAGAUCGUGUGGGUUUAUUGCAUACACUGGCAACCCUUCCUAACCAUCCUGAGAGUGUUCCCAUUAAUGCUUUGGUUGCAGUCAAGGGUACGCCUCUUCAAGAUCAGAAG